UAGCAAACAAACAAGGCUAUGACUCGUGAGGAAGCACCUUAAGUAUACAAUCCACUGCUGUGGUACAAGAACACUAAAAUGUUCAUACCUGUUGGCUAGUCCUUAAACACAUCCUUUCUGUUUUUUCAGAGGCAUGCUUCCCCCAAUCAGCUCAAUGGAUCUAGUCAGUCCUCGGUCAAAUCAUUCCAUGCGGUCAUCCGAUUCAUCCAUGUCUAGCCGUUACUCUUCCUCCUCCUUCAACUCAGACUUGACCUCCACCUACAAGAUCGUGUCCACUUCGCUGUGCCAAGCAUCCACUCGCCAGCCCCAUCCCCCUCCUCAGCAGUUGAGACACACCAUGCAAGAAGCUCCUUGCAUCCAGGCAUUUAUGUCUCAAGCAAGACCAGGGUCUGCCAGACUUGCUGAACAUCGAUAUGUGCCUUUAGUCAGAAAUGCCUUUCUUGUCGAUGCUGACGAUAAAGAAAUGUAUUCUCCGAGAUCUCUGAAAUUAGACAGAGCUAGUUCCACUACUGAUCUUCUGCCCAGAUUUGACAACUAUACUCAGACACCAAGAGACUCUGCCACACAAACUCCUAGAAGGCAUAGAGAACAGAUGACUACUGAUGCCACUACUACUUCCACCAGUGAUGCCUUUGUUGAUCAGGAAACCCAGACUCCUAGGUCCUCUCGGCAUGGGAUAAAGAAGAAGAGGAGGAAGAAAUAUGAAGACCUGGAGUUAUCAUUGCAUGGCUCAGAUACUACUGUGUCGGUGGACUCAGAAAUGAAUUAUGAAGACAAAAAUACCAGGAAUCGAAACCGAAACAUGGGAGUAAGCUCAACCAGUGAAAGUUACAGGUCAACCUCGAUACAAGACCUGAAAACUAAAAUCUGUCAAACAAGCUUUUCUAUAGAAUCAGAAGAGUCCUUCCCAAGCCUCCGGAGAAGGCACAGAAACAGAAGUGAAACUGUUACACUGAAAUCUGUUGAUGAAGAUAAUGCUGCAUCUUCACUGCCAAACAGCACUGUCCAUCUCUUCAAAGAUGACAAUAUGUCUGACUCCGUGUUUGACUCUGAAGAACAAAAUGGAAGAUAUGUUGGAAGUGCAAUUGAUUCAGAGAACAGAGCUGAUGUUUUGAGCUCUGAAGAGUAUGUUGCUUAUGACAGAGCUGGUGAGGCUGAGAAGACCCAGGACACGAAUGACACAGAACUACAUGGAGCUCCUGGAACAGAGAAGCAGCUGGAUGAUAGCCCCAAAACUCUUGGGAAUGAAUCUAAUGAGGAUAGCUUCUGGGAGACUCGAGGAGACAAGGAUUCCCCACUAGCUGCAGGGAGUGAUGAGAUUGUAGAUGAAAACGCAUGCAGUGAUGGUCACAAAGAUCAAACUACAACAGAGGACACUUCUCAGCUUGAAUCAGCUCAAACAAAAGAUCAAAAAGAGACUGAAUCAUCUUACACAAAUGACCAACAACCGACUGAAUCACUUCACACUGACAAUCAACAAGAGACUGAAUCACUUCACACUAACAAUCAACAACAGACCGAAUCACCUGACACGAAUGAUCAACCAUCUGUGGUCUCCUCUGAGGUCUGGACAGUAUCACCGGAGAAUGUGACAGUUGAAGAGCCAGCUUCAGCUGAUACUGCCAUUGAGGUAGUGAAAAGUAAUCCUGAAGUUGAUGGAGAAGAUGCAAAGAAUAGCAACUUGUCUCAGAGUUUUGAUGAUGUAUGCCGGGGAGCUGUGGAGUUGACUUGUUUUGAAGAGGACCCCAGAGGGGAUAGAAUUUUCUCUGACAUGGAUGGAACGACGGAAGAAUACAGAGGCAAUUUCCUUAACAACCUUUCUGAAACAAACAAAAGCGAUCCUUCAUCAAGGUACAAGAAGUUUACAAAUGAGUACAUGCAUGUUCCAGAGGAGAGAGGAUCAGAUGGAGAGACCCUUGUUGACUCGGAUACAGAUCCUGAAGUUUACACCAAACCUGAGCAGAUAUUUACAAGGGAAGAAACUGAUGAGCAGCAUGAGGUGGAUGAAGAGCUGUGCAGGGGGGCAGCUCCUGCUAAGAGGAAGAACAGUGACGCUUCUUCAUAUUGCAGUGCAACCAGAGCACUAGGAGAGACAAACACUACAUACCAAGAGACCAUUACAAGUCGAGCUAAUUCUGUGACUAGCCAGGCCACCCUGUCCAGUGUCAGAGGUUCAAGAAUAACUGCCUGGAAGACGAAUCCUUCAGGUGGACCAGCUUCUGCUCAGAGUGAUAAGUCAGAACAAACAGCUGUGUUGGAUCUGACACAAGAUCUUCUGGAUGAUGAAGAUUUCUUUGAGGUAACUGAAGUUUAUGAAGCUGAUAUGAUGAAUAGACCUACUGCUGUGACAACAGAUGUGAAUCCUAUUACUGAUGAUAGGACCUCCUCCUGCUCACGAGGAAGUGGUGACAAAGUUCCUUCCCCUUCAGCAGAAAUGCCAUCAAGGGGAGAAGAAGAGUUUUUGAAUCUUGAAACAUUGGAAGUUGAAAUGAAAUGUGAGGUAUUAGACAGACCAGUGGACACUGAAGACAGACAAAGCUCAUGCAGUUUGAGCACUGGUACUGGAGAUGGGAAGAGGAUUGUCAGCGACGUUGAUGCUCCAGUCGAAGCUGAGAUUCAUCUUGAAAAUGAUGGAAAUAAGAUUGGAGAAGACAGACUUGAAACUUCUCAUUCUGGAUCAAGAGGAAAUGUGGAUAAGAAUCAGCAUGAUCUAACCAUAUCCUCUCGAGGUGGGGAUGAAGCAAGCAUUGAGCCUUUAAAUACCACAAAGGAUGACAAUGAUCAAAUACAAGAGACUCAUCACAACAGUGAGGUAGAUGUAAAGUAUGAACCAAAUGAGGACAGAGAAGAAUUUGACACAGCUGUUUCAGAAGGAGCUGAGUCAGACAGAAAUCAUGAGAUCACAGCAGAAGCAGGAAUUCCAAGACCAAACUCUUCCUGUUCAACUUCUAGAGGAUUUGUUAUGAAUGAUUCCUCUCUACAAGGAUCGAGUCAAGCUGUGUCUUCUAGAGGCCAUCAUAAUGAUGAGACUGUUGCAUCUAUUGAGGAAUCAACUGAUGAGGGAAAUGCUGAAGAUGUUGUGGAAGUGAAUAAGAAUGCAACUGAUUAUGUCACUAAUGAUAAUUUCAACAAUGGAAAAAAUCAGCUGCAAGAGUCCACAGUACCUACUGUAGAUAGUGUAGAAGAGAGAGGUGAUACUGAACAUUACUUGAAUGAUAAAAAAGAAUUAGGUGUCCUCAAAACGGAUGAGAUAUGUGAAAAAGAUAAUGAUUCCCAAAGAAACAUGAAAUCAGAAAUGUCCCAUGAGAAAACCUCUUUGAAUUUACCAAGUGAUGAUGAAGUUUUUGAUUCAGAUCCAACUGUGUCAAUGGGACCAGUAUCUGCUCACUGCGUACGUAGGCCUUCUGUAUCACCUCCAAGACCCAUCUCCGCCUGUCGUGUGAAGGUUCCGCCACUGUUGAUGGGCGAUCCCAACAUGAAACAAACGACUGCUGUGGCUGAUGAGUUGCACAUUGAGGCAGGGAGUUCAGAUGAUGAGGUCUUCCAGAUGCAGACCAGUGAUUGUAAGGAUAUCAUCAGUCAUGAUGAGAGUCGAGGACAGAUCGACACGACUCUGGGAACUGAUGCCAUUCUGUGCGAAGAACAGGGAGUUAACCAGGAUGAUCAAAUUUCCCAGAAUAACACUGUUAGCCCAUCACCCACAAAAGAUGAAAAUGUCAAAAACAAUAUCAAUAUUGUUUUAGAUUUAGGUGCCCCUGUCAAGCCUACUGCAGGGGAAAACAAUCCAAGAAGGCCAGUCUCGGCUCACUGUGUGCGAAAUAAUCCGGUACCUAAUCUGAUACAAAGACCAGUCUCAGCACACCAUAGACAGAUGCCUGAUAUGACCGUGGAGGAGGCAUUUGAAGAACAGUGUGCCACAGUGGCAGGGCCUGUUACCAUGGGAGAUGAUGACUCGUCAAAGGGUAAUGGUUGCGUGAAUGAAGCUGGAACUGUUCUCCUCGAUGAAAGCAGAGGACAGAUGGAUGUGACAAUGGAGGCACAGUGUCAAGGAGAUCUGACAGACAAAGUGACUACUUUCAUGGAGAAUGAGCCAAGAGAGUCUGGAGUUGAUCUGCAAGAGGAGAUGAAACCAGUGGUUCCUGAAAUGUUCGAACAAUCUGAGCAUCAGGAUAUUACUAGUCAAGUUCUGACAACUGUGAAUAGAUGUGAUGAUGGCACUGAGACAAGCCAAAGCACAGAGCCCAAAACAGAUUCAGAGGUGACAAAAUCUCCUUUGAGUCAGGAGGCAACCGAUCUGGACUUGCUAACAGAAUACCCUGUCCACGCUGGAUCGUCUUUGAGUAUGGAAAGGGGUGAAACUACAAACUCACCAAGACCAGUUCAAAGUCCACCUUGGAAGAAGCUUGAGAGGUCUGCUUCUGUAUGCAGUAGAGGUUCUGCAAGUGACGACAAUGAUAAGAUAUGUUCCCAAGAGAUUGGGGAACAGAUAGUUCAACUGUGUGAGAAAGAAUCAGAUGUAGUUCCCGGAAGUGUUUGUUUGGAACCAAAUGCAGAGAUAGUCCCUAAAGAAUCAAAGCCUGGUAAAAAGUCACAGCCAGAAGGUGAAUCAUCAGAUAUCUAUACACCUGUUGUUGAUGCAAAAUAUGAUGUCAAGGAAAUGAUUCAGGCACAAGCGUCUCACAUUUCUGAAGGUCAGGAUAUGGAAGAAGAAAAGCAACCGUAUGGAAGAGAUGUUGCAGCUCGUAGAGGAAGUAUCAUACGCAGAGAUGCUGCUCUGACUGGAGAUGUUGUUACGGGUGUGUUAUCGCCCACACCAUCUGUUGAUAGUGAGGUAUCACAUGUGCCCCCUGUCCUUGGAAACUCACACACUGAUGACAUCAAUUGUGAUUCCUCGCGUCAAAGAAAAAUUCUUUCAUUCCAAGAUCAUGAUGUUAUGACUAAUUCAAAGACUAAUGAUCUGUGCUUACCUGAUGACAAGUUGGAAGAAAAGCCAAAGCCAAACAUUUUGAUAUCUAAGGAGUCCUUGAAUUUCUUUUCCUUUGAUGAUCCUGAUGAGAGUAAAGUAGGCCAUUCCUUUAUUUCAAGUGAAGAGUCUGUUACACUUCAAACUUCCAAUGAUACACUGAUGAAUGAUUCCACUGAAUCAAGCACUACUGGUAUGAGUACGACAAACACAACUGACACAUUGGAGGAGCAUUACUCGAGGACUGACCAACUGAUUCCAGCUAAUAUUUUGGCUGAUAUUUCGAGGCUUAGCUAUAAAAUGUUUGAUAGCAACAUUCAGAAUCAAACAGUAAAAGAUACCUUUGAUGAAAAACUUGAUCCUAAGUUUUCUGAUGAAAUUGAUGAUGAAGUUCCAGCAACUGGAACAAAAACAAAUGUUCCAGUGCAUCAUGAAGAGUCCCCUGUAUGUGAAGUAGAUGCUGCUGCUGCUGCUGCUGAUGGUGAAGAAGCUUCUAGGGAGGAUGGGGCCAGUCCUGCAGGCAUAUUCAGACCACUGUCAGUAUUAGGCCUGCCUCAGAAAGAUCUGUCAAAUAGACGGCUUUCUUUGGAGUCAAGAGGAAGUAGUGACUUUAUCAUUGAAACAGAAGAGGUACUGAUAGCUUCAUCAAGAGGGGAUGAAGUCAUGCCUGAAAACAUUGUUGGUGAAUUACCUACAAACAAUAACAUUCCUGAAUCGGAGACUUUUACCACGGAGACUGGAUAUCAUCAAACCGAGUCAAUUGUUGUUGAACCACGAGGUGAUGUAGAAGAGGAGACUUACUGUUCACUUGCACACCCAUCAGGACCUUCAGAAGAACCACCUAACGCCAAUAACACACAUAAAGGACAAGGAGAUAUGAAAGUAAUCAACUCUCUCAGUUGUACCAAUCCUAGUCUAGAAAAUCCAGAACUUUCUGCUUAUUUGGGAAAUGUAAAAAUGAAUGCCUUGAUAGCUGUUGUGGAUGAUUCACCAGUGGAUGUUGACUAUACAAAGAGUGGGAAGUCCAAACAAACAUCCUAUCAACUUGUGUUGAAUGAAGAACAUGAUGAGCCCAAAAGUAGGAAUGCAGAGAAUGGUAAUGAUGCAGACAGAGUGACCAAGGUUUCAGAUGAUAAGAAAGACAGAACUAAACGUGGAGUCACAGGUCUUGAGGACAAAUGUGAGUUGAACAUUCCUGCCUGCAGCAUUGUUCCUGAGCUUCAAAAUCUCAACAUGAGUGCUGAUGGUAUGACUUGCUUGAAUGAAGGCUACCCACUUUCUGAACAAACAGGAAAUACAAAAACUGUCACCUUUGUUGAUGGAGAUCUGCCUGAAGAAGACAUUCUUACUUCAGAUUCGGCACCAAAAGAGGCUGGAAAUGUUGUUGAACCACAAGGCAGUCAUGGAGAAAACUUGACAAGAAAGGCUGUCUUGAAAUCAGAAGUAAUUAUGCCUGAAUUAAGCAAUCAUCAGAAUAGUGACAAGCAGGAGGACUUGAACCCCCAAAAGUCAGAACACAAAGAAACAUCUGUGAAUUCAUUACCAUUGCAAGCAAAUAUUAAUCGUGUUACAGAGACAGAGGCCCAGAGAGGAGUGUCUGAGAAGGUUGAUGAGCCCGAAGUUACAAGAGCAGCGAAUCCAAACCAUGGCCAUCGCAGACAGUCAACAAGUUUGCAUGGGCCGACAGUCAUCACAGUUGCAGAGGCCCAGAGAGGAGUGUCUGAGAAGGUUGAUGAGUCUGAAGAUGCAAGAGCAGCAAAUCCAAACCAUGGCCAUCGCAGACAGUCAACAGAUUUGCAUUUACCGACAGUCAUCACAGUUGCAGAGGCCAAGAGAGGAGUGUCUGAGAAAGUUGAUGAGUCUGAAGUUACAAGAGCAGCGAAUCCAAACCAUGGCCAUCGCAGAGAGUCAACAAGUUUGCAUGGGCCGACAGUCAUCACAGUUGCAGAGGCCCAGAGAGGAGUGUCUGAACAGGUUGAUGAGCCCGAAGUUACAAAAGCAGCGAAUCCAAACAAUGGCCAUCGCAGAAUGUCAACAAGUUUGCAUGGGCCGACAGUCAUCACAGUUGCAGAGGCCCAGAGAGGAGUGUCUGAGAAGGUUGAUGAGUCCGAAGUUACAAGAGCAGCGAAUCCAAACCAUGGCCAUCGUAGACAGUCAACAGGUUUGCAUGGGCCGACAGUCAUCACAGUUGCAGAGGCCCAGAGGGGAGUGUCUGAACAGGUUGAUGAGUCCGAAGUUACAAGAGCAGCGAAUCCAAACCAUGGCCAUCGCAGAGAGUCAACAAGUUUGCAUGGGCCGACAGUCAUCACGGUUGCAGAGACAGGACAAGAUUCAGGAGCUGUAGCCAUCUUUCAAAGAAGCAAUGAAGCAGUGGAUGGGCAGGUUGAAUUUACAUCACAACACCAAGUGAUUGUAGUGUCAGAACGUGAAGGGCUGCCUGAUGAGGCAACCGAUGAAGAUGUGAUGCAGGGGGAACAACAGAACAGGAGGAGUCCACCCCGAAAUGAGGAGAAAGAGGAGAAGAAGGAGGUUGAGUCUGAGCAACAUUCUAUGGACACUGUAAAUGCUCAUGCAAAAGAAAGCAACGAUCAAUUGUCGGAUGAAGCUUUUGUUCUGAAGCCUAUGGCAAUGUCGGAGACAGAUGGUGUGUCAAGUGUUCAAGAGACUGUUUCUUCGUGUCUGAAUGGUGAUUUGACCGGUGGCAGGCCACAGACAAGCACAACUAAACAUGGUGGAAUGUCAGUGUCUGGUAACAUGGCUGAGUCAGAUGCGCAAUCUCUGUCUGAUUCUGAAAGAGGAUUGCAUUCGGAUCAGAUGUCUGGACAUAGGAUCAUCCUUGUGUCUGAGAAUAUCCCAACCCCUGUUGCCAAGGCGAAGGUCAUUGAGAGACACCCAGGUGGACCCAGAGUUAUUCUAGUGUCGGAAAAGUCCCAAGUGUAAAACUGUCAACUUUGGCAUAUCAUUAUUAUUUUACCUAAAGGUUAAGCUGAAUAAUUUUUGGCAGGAUUUUACAUAUAUGACCUGAUGCAUACCAAGCAUUUAUAGAUAGAUUUGACUUAAUAAUUUAAGUAUAGUUUACUUUUUAUUGUUUUCCAUGUUUGGAUGUGAAGUAAAAGAAUUAGCCCACUGUUAAACAGGAAAACCUGGCUUUUGGAAGAUUACAUAUUGAAUUCUUUUUUUUUUAUAAAGCCAUACCCAUCUUUUGAAGAAAAGAACAAAGGAGUAACCGUUCUUUCUGUGUUGACCGAAUGCCAUUUCAGCGAUUAGUUAAAAGCAAAGUAAGACUAACCUAAUUGUAUUUUUAUUCCACAUAUUUGAACAUUUGAGUUGCUGUGUCCAUAAACUAAGUAAGUGAAAAGAAAACCAUCUUAUGAAAGUCAGUUAAAGAUGGUGCUGGAUGCAAGCAAAACAUUCAAAGUAAAAUUUGUUUG